AUGGCAUCUGCAAAAGUUGAUGAGGUACCAGCUGCUCUUCGUGCUCUUAAGGCUGUGAUUUCGGAUGAACUUUCUGCAGUUGUAGAGCCAAUCAUCCGACUUCAACAUGUUCCUGAUCUCGUCGUGCGUGCAGUGGCUUUCUAUCAGCGUCAGCUGUUACAAAAGCUUCAACUUCUUGAUUCUGGAAUUGUGGCCAAUGAUGUUAAACUGGUUUCCCGUUUUCCAGGAAUUGACCGCGGAAGUGUUGCUUUCAAAUCCGAGUGCAACGAGGUUUCUCACUUUCUAAUAGAUUAUCAUCAUGAUGACGCGACCUAUAGAGCAAUGUCUUUAUAUCGCGUACACUUGAUGCAAGCAGUGAGAGGAUUUAAAACUGAAGUCGGGGCAAGUGAUAAGCAGCUAAGUGGAACUGCUGCACAAACCAUUCAAGGCAGAUUUGCUCAGCCAACUGCACUUCAGAAUGCUGCUCUUAAUGCUGCUGCUGAUGCUCAAGAAUGCUCAUCCGGGUGCAUCUGUGGAUGGAGUUCGGAAUCCUAUUCUGAUGCAGUAUGCUUCUUUGAAUGUUGCUGUUUGCUGGAAGUGUGA